GCGAGGAGCGCGGAGAGCGAGCGAGCGAGCGAGCGAGCGAGCACUUGGGUGGGGUCUCGAGGACGAAUCGCCGUCGCCGCUUCGCUCCUCUCCUCGUAGCUCGUAGUAAGUUCGGUGCGAGCGGCCGGCCUGGUACCGUCGUGCCUUCCACGAGCGCGAAUCUCGCCGCGUAAUGGCCGUUCGCUGUGCGCGCGCGGUGCGUCGCCCCGAGAGCCCGGAGCAGAGUCGGAUACGUUGCUUCGCUCCGCGCGGCGAGUCUGCGUAAGAGAGAUGGACGUUUCGAGGUCACUCGGGCCUCCUCGCGGGCUCUGAGAGCGCCGUCGAAUCAGUGAAAUUGGAGCGGCGAGAGGCGAGGCGUCGGGGCUCGCGCGCAUCGACGGCGACGGCGAAGGCUGUCAAACGUCGCCCGCGGUGGACGGUGUUAUCGCGCGUUAUCGGGGCGUCCCGACAACGAGCGCCGACCUCGCUGUGAACGCGCAGCUGCGGCGUCGCCACACGGUUUCGAUGAUCGAGCAUCCGGCGCCCGUCGUGACUCAUUAUUCGCGAGUUGGCGGCUCCAGGAGGCCGAGGAGGGAGUCACGUCGAUUUCGACAUCGGAGGUCUAACGUCGGGGAAGCUUGCUGACGCCUAGCUAUGGAGAAGAAGGGACUGCGUAAGAAGGACAUGCUGAGGAUGGACGGUCUUCUGCCGCCGACUCGGCGCUUGCCGGUUUGCGACGCGGUGACCAGCGCGUCCGAGAAGAAGAAGGACAGGAAGUGGUCCCUAGGCGGGAUUCUGCGGCGGAUAUCCUCGAUAAAGGAUUACGAGAGUUCCUCCAAUGACGAGGAGAUCGUCUACUGCAAGAAGUCGCCGAAGAAACCGAGCAAGUUCCGGCACGUCGACGGCGUGGUGCUUCACUCGGUGAAGAGCGACGCUUCGGAGCGCGACAAGAAACGGACGCGGGUCGAGAGCAACGUGCGCCACGUGACGGACUCGCCGCGUUCGCGCCGGGACUCGUUGCACUCGCGCAGCAGCGACGGCUCGCUGGACGGCCUCGGCAGGAAGUCGCGGAGAAACAAGCUGAAGGCUCGGGCCGAGGCGAAGAGGGACCACCUGUGCGCCGGCAGCAGCUCCGACGAGGACUCUCGCAGAUCGAACGGCUCGUUGAACAGAUCUCACGUCGCGGACGGUCCGAGAGGCGGCAACGCGUGCAGCAAGAGGACUCGCGCCGCGCGGACGGAGCGCUACAUCAAGCGGCUGUCUCGGGACGAGGGCAACGGCAGCGGCGACGCUUUAAGCGACCCGCACGGCAAGAGGUGUUCCACGGACCUCCUUAUCGAAGAUAAGGAGCGCGCCGUUUGCCCCGACGUGAACGGACUGUGCCGGCCGCCGAUACAUCCGCGCCGGUCGACCGUGCAUCCCGCCGACUCGAGCGGCCGCGCGUUCCCGGGUCAAAGGUCCUCCGCGGAGAGCCUGCCGUAUCCCGAGGUGUACGACGACGCCAGGAGAUACUCCGCGGGUCAGUACACGGCGGACUUGAACGAGAACAGCGCCUACGGGAAGAUAUCGCGACAUAUCAGCGGCGACGUGUACGCGGACGGCCGCUCGGCCGCCGGGAACUUCUUCACGUAUCCCGCGUACCAUCACUCGGAAGUGCCGUUCGAUCGCGCCGUCGGUGGUCGGUCCGUCAAUCCGAACAAUCAGCCGCCCGAGCCGCCACCGAGGGAUCCGCGUUACCGCGCGUUCGGCUACGGAUACAGUUCCUAUCCGCUCAACAGACACCAAAACGUGCCAAAUUACUUGAAGCAGGAGAACAAUAGGAUCAGCGCCGCGAGCGGAGCGACGAGACCCGACUGGAGGAACUUCCGGUUGUACGGCUCGAGCAACGAGAUCGCCCGGCGCGACGCGACGGACCGCGAGCCGAAUCCCAAGGCUGCGGAAUUCCGCAACUCGCUGGAGCGCAUAAAUAAUAAAUAUAACUCGAGCCGUCAUUGCGCAAACGAGUCGGCCUACAGGGAGAUGGAAGCGACGAGGCGCAGAAACAUUCGCAACGAUCAGCUGAGUCGCAACGACGCCAAUUACCGCGCGUACGAGGCCAAGAAUAAAUCGGCGGACUCGCGCGAAGCGAGUAAACGUCACGAGACGAUUUCGUCGCACGCGUCCACGCCCGAUCGGUCGUCCGGAAGGUCGCCCUGCGAGCAGCGGGUCUCGCGCACCAUCGUCCCGUCUACGCGUGACGUCAAUAAUCGCGCGAAUGAGGGAGGAACCAGCGAGGAGGCUCUGGAGAGACGGAGGAGCUCGAGGAACCUCGAGGAGGCCCUGUCGGAGCUGGAGGCGAUAUACAACAGCCUCCGCCUCGGCGACGAGGAGCUGUUGGAUCGCGCGGAACGCCGGAGCAUGGAGGAGUUCAGUCAGCGGCGAGGCGGAAACGAGGCCGACGCGUUCGCGGCCGCCGCGGACUCGCCGGACAGGACGAGGGACGACAUGGCCUACCGGAGGAUGCAUCCCAAGGAGAGGCCGGCGUCGCUCUCGGACGUCGCGGGGCAGUCGACCCUGUCCAGCAUCAGCUAUCUCAUCGCCUCGCCCGUCCUCUCGCGCAGGGACUCGGCGGACGACCUCGUGCGCCUGCCGGCGGCCUAUCCGUCCCGCCGGGACGAGCCGGACGUGACCCGCGACGACGUGCUCUUCCGCAGCAUAAGCCACGCGAACAACACGCUGCGGGUGAUCGAGCCGCAGCCGCCGUUCGGCAUCCCGCUCGGCCCGGUCACCGCGGCGACCGAGAGCGACUACCUGCACACGACGCCAACCAAGUCGGAGCAGCCGCGCUCGCCGUACAUACCGCAGUGCGAGCCUGACGUCGUCACGGACGACCUGGCUUACAGGGCCCUGAGGAAGGACGCCGUCGCGGCGACCGCGCGGAACGUCGCCGAGCCGUCGCAGGCGGUGACCCGCGGCACGAAGAAGCGCGCCGUCAGAUCGCUGUCGGCCAACCUUUACGGGCUGAUCAAUCACGAGCGGAUUCACCUGCGGCGCGAGCCCAGCCUCGACGCCAUCCGGGACGAGAUCCAGGACGUCGCGAGGAACUUUGCCGCGGUGCCCGAGCGGGCGGAGUAUCUCAGACGCGUCGUGAGCGACGGCGAGCUGUCCGACAACGACGCGCACAGGUGGAAGGAGCUGGCGGUUAAAGGCGACAUCGACAUCAACGGCAACCACCCGGCGGCCAAUAGCGGCGGCGACGGCGACGGCGCGGAGACGGACUUGACCGCGUACACUCGCCUUUGCCAAGAUUUAGUGAAUCUGAUAAAAAGCGACGACGACGCGACGCCGCCGAACCGGAACAAGCUGCGCGCCCACGUGUCGUCGGAAAUGACGACGGCCACGGGCGCGCGGGGAAGCCCGAACAAGGAGAAGGAGUCGGGUGUCGCGGAGCUAUCCGACGCCAUGCUGUCUUCAAAGGCCAUCCUGAACGACGGGUUUUGGCACGAGUACCUACACUCGGAUUCCAACGUCGCGGCGGCCAAUAGCGGCGGCGACGGCGACGGCGCGGAGACGGACUUGACCGCGUACACUCGCCUUUGCCAAGAUCUAGUGAAUCUGAUAAAAAGCGACGACGACGCGACGUCGCCGAACGCGGACGACUCCGUCGCCGCCGAUAAGUCCAACUCGGACGUCGGAUACAAAGUUGACGAAUCUCCGGCGAGCGUGCGUACGCGCUCUCUGGGUAGCCAGCACUCGGGUCCGCGGCGCGCCAACGACGAGCGGAACAUGGAGAGCGAGGGGAGGAGCCCGGCGAGCCAGAGCGACGGCGCGGAGACGGACUUGACCGCGUACACUCGCCUUUGCCAAGAUCUAGUGAAUCUGAUAACAAGCGACGACGACGCGACGUCGCCGAACGCGGACGACUCCGUCGCCGCCGAUAAGUCCAACUCGGACGUCGGAUACGAGGUUGAGGAACCUCCGGCGAGCGUGCGUACGCGCUCUCUGGGUAGCCAGCACUCGGGUCCGCGGCGCGCCAACGACGAGCGGAACAUGGAGAGCGAGGGGAGGAGCCCGGCGAGCCAGAGCGACUCCAAUUCCGCGAGGUCCUGGUCGGACGCGACGCCGGCGGCGACCUCGAGCAACCUCGACUUCUACCUUCGCGUGGCGGACGAGAACGUGAAGCUGAUGGCGGAGGCCUUCGGCGACGUGGCCGACCGCCUGCGCGACAGUCAGCUGUCCGCUCGCAAGGGCUCGCCGGCCGCGUCGCGCAGCAGCUCCACGCCGUACAGCCAGGACGAGCCGACGAGCGACGAUCGACCGCUCGUCACCCCGAGACUCGAGGAGAUGGUCGCCCGCGCGGCCUCCAAGCGCGACUCCCUGACCAGCAACGACGGGGACCAAGGUGCAGGCAACAAGGCCGACCGCCUCGAGGUCGACGCCUCCACCAUUGACGCGGAGCUGGACCUGUCCAGGGCGGUCCGCGACCUGCAGCUGGCCGCGGCCAGCCUCUACGAGCACGAGCGGGAGAUCGAGGCUCUGGGUACCGGGCGCGGCGGGCUCGUUCGCGACGCGGACGAGGGAGCCGAGGACGCGGCCGCGAUUCGCAAGGUCGGCCUGAGGCGGAAGCGGGGGCGCGACCAGGAGGAGGGCCGCGAAGGUGAGCGCACUGCGUGCGAGCUUGGUCUCCGGGACGACGAGCGCGCGUGCCCAGUCACUAACAUCCUAACCGUCCCGGUAACGACGUGCACCACGCUCUUGCUCGCUUGUCUCCUUGCCAUGCUUUUAGCGAUCGUGGUGGCACCCGCGAGGGUCCGCCCGGCCGAUCUGUAGCGCGAAUGGGACUUUUGCUGUGUUUCUCUCUCUGUGUCGCGCACUCUGCGGGGGAUCCCGUCCAUCGCCGACGUGUUUUUCCAUCGUCGCCGACGGUAACGCCUCUAAUCCUGUGUGCUCAUUUGCAAAUGUUACUAAUGUCGCAGGUCUCCAGACGCUCGCUCGUCCGCAGGUGACGAUCGUAUCCGAGAUGCGCUCGAGCCCGACGUGAUCGCCGGCGACACGAGGCAGGUUGAUAUUUUUUUGUAAGAAUAGAGAGAGAAAGAGAGAGAAAGAGCGAGAGAUGCAGUCGCCGCGGGGCUGUUUGAGGCGCAUCGACUUGUUGUUGUUGCUCUUGUUACUAUGUGUUGUUGGUUUUAAUAAAGUUUUCAAAUGUUAAUUCUUCCAGUAA